AAUAAAUGUUAUAAGAACUUUUUAAAUUCUAAGAUAUAAAAAAAGAUAUUUCUAUGAUAAAGAUAUGCAACAAUUAACAAUGCAUGAAGCAAUCAAACCAUUAGCUUGGUUGAAAGGUAUAUGGAGAACUAGAGAAAAUUGUCCUGGAACUGGUAAAUUUCCAACAAUUACACCUUUUAAAUAUCAUGAAGAAAUGAAUUGGUAUUCUAUUGGUCAACCAAUGUUAAAUUAUGUUGCAAAAAGUUGGGAUGUUGAAACAAAAAAACCAUUACAUUAUGAAAUGGGUUUUUUAAAAAUAAUACCUGAUACAAAUAAAGUACAUCUACUUUUAUCUCAUAAUUUUGGUGCAACAACAAUAGAAGAAGGAAUAUUUGAAAAUAAAAUUAUUAAAUUGAGAUCAACUAAUAUAAGACGACCAACGAAAGGGACAAAUUUACAUAAAGUAAUCGAGAUUCAAAGAGAAUUUAAACUUAUUGGAAAUUGUCUACAACAUACAUUAUAUAUGGCUACAGAAAAAAUACCAGAAUUACAUGAACAUGUGUGUGCAGUUUAUAUUAGAAAAUGUGAUGAUGCUUAAUAAAAUGUAAUAACAUGUAAAAAAAUAA